AUGAGGGUGCAGUUCGACAAAGACAAGACGAGCAGCCGCGGAGGUUUGAACGACGCCCAGCAGUUGCUCCACCAGCUCGAGCAGGACGGCGCUUUCAAGAGGUACAAGCUGGACGACGAGAACCGCUUGACGUGCCUUGCUUGGGCACACGAGGAGCAGCGGCGCAACACGGAGAAAUACUUUCCGGUCGUCGUCUCAGACACCACAUUCAACACCAGCAAGUACAACCACAAGCUGGCAUUCAUAGUGGUGGUGGACAAGGAGAAUCACACGCAGAUUGCGAUGCAGGCCCUGUUGGACACCGAAAGGCACGAAUCCUUCGUGUUCUUGAUGGAGUCCUUCAAGGAGCUCAUCCGCGGAAGCAGCCCAAAGGUGAUCUUCACGGACACAGAUCAGUCAGAGAUGUCGGCCAUCGCGCAAGUCUUUCCGGGGGCGCUGAACAAGCUGUGCUACUGGCACAAGGAGCAGAACGUCAAGGCGCAUGGGAAGGGGCUGCCGGGGGGUAUCCUGCAGGGGAUUCUGCGCAAGUUCAAGGCAGCGGCAUACGCACCAACGUUGGAGGCUUUCGUUGAGAUUAAAACGGAGCUCCUCUCCAUGUUGGACCCUGAGAGCGGGGUAUACAAGUACAUGUUGGGAGAGAUCUUCAACCCAGGGCGGGCUGGCAAAUGGGCGUCGUUUGUCCACCCGGGGCUCCACACUCUCGGCAUUGCCUCGACGCAGCGAGUGGAAGGGACGAACUGCGCCGUCAAGAAGCUGGUGACCAGGACGGGAGACUUGGCCGACCUCGAGCGCGCGCUUUUAGGCAAGGUUCAGGAUGACGCCAUCAGGACUCAAAGGCGAAGUGAGGUGGGGAACACAAAACGCGUGUCGCUAUCGAGGAACAUGUCGCCGGCUGAGAACGUGAAGCAGAACCUCCGUGGGUAUUUCGCCUUCAUAACGGCGGCACUGACCCACGAGCGAUGCAGCACUCACGCGAAGGAGGAUACCGGGGUGAUGAUAGACGCAUGUCUGGGGUACAGCACCAAGAUCGUCGCGAGUGGCGAGACGGACGUACGACGCAUCCUCCAAAUGUUCGUUGAUGAUCCGACGAAGGUGAACCUCAUGCUCGACACCAACAGCGGAGAGUUCAUCGACCCGGCAGAACCGACGGCGGUCGCCCCCGCUGGUGUGCACUUGGCGAGCCGUGCGCCAGUUUCUCACUUUGCGGGUUUACUUCGUGACCAGGCCGUCGACAAACUGGUUCGCGUCGCCCUGUUGCAGCGAGAGGAGUUCUGUCACCUUGUCGCUCUUGGGCCGGAUGGCUGCUUCCUCUGCACGUGUCUGAGGCCGCUUGUCUACGGCCUGCUCUGCCCGCAUGGCUUGAAGGCCAUGUUCGACACCGGCGCCAACAAGUUCAACGGAGCGUCCAUUGCGCCCAGGUGGCGUGAGAGCUCGACGCCAUGGACAUUGGAGCCACUGGCCGCGAAACCUGCCAUGCUGGACCCCGGCGCGGCGGAGUGUCCUGUGGAGCUGCCACCCUUCAACGUCACCACGGACGACAUCUCCCACUCUGGCACGAACGUGAAAGCAGCCGCGUACGCGAACGGCACGAACUUCGGGAAGGACAUGGGUGUUCUUCUCCGACAAAUCACCACUUUGGAGGGCAUCGAUCGCGUCCUGGAGAGCACCAAGAUCUUCUUCAAGCAACAACUCGAGGUGGAGAAGAGAUCGCAACGACAAGCUUCGACGACCCAGGUCUUCACGGGAACUUUCUCUCACCCCACCUCCGGCAUGUCCACGACGGGCACGACGCGGGCACGGGGCGCUCGGGGCGGUUGCGGCACGGGGUCCACGACUAGGGGCAGGGGGGCGAGGGGUAGAGGGGGGCGGGGAAGAGGUGACUGUGGUGGACGGGGGGGCAGGGGGGGAGCAGGAUCGGUUGCAGGAUCGGUUGCAGGCUCAGGUGGUGUACCGACGAGCAUGCCAGCAUCCGCCGGGGAGCCCCCUGCAACUGCGGCCACCAUCGGUGCCGCCCCUGCCAGCUUCCCGACGACAGCCAUGAACGGGUCGGCCCCGCUUCGUUCGUUGAGCAAUAUGGACGUGACGGGUGGCGCAAGGGUGACGCCGCCCGCCGGUGUGGCGUUGUUGGAAAUGGUGCAGCCGCCCGUCCCUCGGAAGAGGGGAGGGAGCGGCAAACGGAAGAAACCGGGAUCGAACUCGAUCUAGCCGGGGUACAGCGCCGAUCACUACCAACCGCGAGGGAAAGCUACAACGUAUUACAUUUGUUUCUGUUGGUUUGUGUACACGGUGUGCCCUUGGUUUUUGUUGAUUUGUGUCUCGUACGACUUUUCAUGUCGGAUUUCCAGCACACGCGACAAGCA